UCUCAAUGUCAAGGAAGGAUCCUCGGAAGCUAGAAUUUCGAGGAUGCUACGUCAUCGACGUCAGUCGAAGGACUGUUCCAAUGUCAAGGAUCCUUGAAAUUUCAGCCAAGGACUGAGUCCUUCGUUCGAGAAAUAUCCCAUAUACAGGAAAGGAUGCAAAUUUGUAUCCUUCGCGCUCUUCACGCGCUGAAAUCACCCACAAUCCUAUGCGCGCAGCACCGAAAGCACACCUUUCAAUCACGCAAUGACGUAAUGACGUAAUGACGUGCACUUGCUAGCCUGUUCCAUUUAACGUGUUCUCCGAAUGCUUAAAAGGAGCCUCGCCUAGCCUCUGAAGGAAGUGACUUGUAAGGACUAGUCCUGCCAAGGAAGUAUCCUUGACAUUGAGAAACGGCUUGUGUUUUAGGGUUAGGUUUGAGGGAAGGAUAAAAAUCUGGCUCAUCCUGCGAGAUUUCACGAGAUUUUCGCCGUAGCUGUAUCCUUCUAGCCACAACCCAUUGGAUUCUCCUUCGCAAGUAGACUACAUCGAUGUCAUUUUGGUUUUGAUUUAGCUUUGUAAAAUAAACCGAUAGUUAAUUUGCCGAAAAAUCAUUGGAAUGUUUGUAGGUUACGUGAAAACAAGUUGUCCAGAGGAUAAGCUUUUGAUUACAGAACUGAACAAGCAGGAAUGUCACUUCACAUGGAAUAUGAAUAAGAAAGACACAAACAUCACUGAUCAUUUAAUUAAACUAGAGGACAAUCUUGACUUAAGACUGGGUGAUAAGGCAGGGACCGCACGCACACACAACUCUGUGGCAUACGUUAAGUAUCUUUUGGGUUCUAAUGAAGAAGCCCUAACAAACUUAAAGAAAUCUGUGGAGCUCACUAAAGAUUUUUAUGGAGACAACUGUGAUGAGAAGCUCAUUGUCACUUAUGGAAAUUUUGCCUGGUUACACUUUUACAUGAAACAGUACGCUGAAUGUAAAAGUUACCUGGAAAAACUGAAGGAGAUCAAAGAAAAAAACACAGCCGUCUCUACAUCUGCUCUUCAUCCUCAAGUGCUUGGUGAGAAGGCCUGGGCCUUGUUUAAAUUUUCACGCAAAUACUACAGCAGAGCUCAGGAGUGUUUUAAAAAGGCAUUGGAGUUGGAGCCAGAAGAUGGUGAGUGGAACGCUGGUUAUGCCAUUGUACUAUACAGAACAGAAACUAAAUGUGUGAGUCCGCAGGAUUCAUCUGCUUUAAAACAACUGAGAUGGGCGAUAGAAACAAACCCUGAUAAUGAUGAACUGAAGCUUCUUUUAGCUCUGAAACUCGCUGAAUUUAAGCUGUUUGAUGAGGCUGAGGAUCUGGUGGAAAGGGCUCUUGAGAUGUCUCCAGAUAGUCCACAUGUGAUUCGAUAUGUGGGAAAAUACCAGAGAAACUAUGGGUCUGUGGACCGGUCUAUUAGCCUGUUCAAAAGAGCAUUGGAUGUUUCUCCAAAUUCAGCAUUCAUACACCAUCAGUUGGCUCUUUGCUAUAAACAGAAAAAAGAAAAAUUCAGGGAGCAGCCUGAGUGUCAGAGAUUUCGUCAUUUAAGCAUCUCACAUUUUGAAAAGGCUACCACCCUAACGAGUGGGUUUAUCAUUGCAAUGACACAACUGGCAAUUCUCUACGGUGAGGACGGACAGAUCGAUCGGGCUGAAGAAGUUUUUCAAACAGCCUUGUUCACAGCUAAGGAGAAAACUGAGGGAGUUCAAGAACUGUACUUAUAUUAUGGGGAGUUCCUGCAGUACAGAAAAAGAAAUCAACAUCUGGCCAUCAAAUAUUACAAAGAUUGCUUGAAAAUGGCACCCGUUUCACGAGAUGGGAAGAAAAGUGCUAAGAAUCUAAAGAAGAUUGCUAACAAGCGUUUAUCAUAUAACACAAAUGACACAAGGGCUUUAGGGAUACUUGAAUUUAUCAAGCAGGUAACUGGUAAGAAACAAUUCACUGCAGAGGGCUGUGAGCAUCUUCUGGAAUCUACAAGCAGUUAAACAUAACUUUAGUACAAAAACAGAUUUAAGAGGUUUAAGAUGUCUAUUAUUGAACACAUAGGGGCCUUUUUAUGAGCUGCUAUGGGCUUGGUUAGUCUGACAUCAUGCACCGCUUCUGGGUCCAACCGAUAUCAAAUGCCAUAAGGAAAUAACAAAAAAUCACGCUAAUAUGCACUCGUAUCACAAUGCAAAACUACCAAAAGCACACAAUCCUUUUUAUAUCUCCAAAACAAAAUCCAAGAUUACCAGACACAGUGAGGUUAUAGACUAUUGUGUACACUCUGAGUUUAUAAAAGUUCAGCUUAAAUGUGUGACAUGAAGAAAUAGUGCUCGCUUGGACCCAGAAACAGUAUUUCCUACAGGAUGACUAAACAAGCCCAUUGUAUUUGAGUUUCCAAGUGCAGUUGUAGACUAAAGACAAGUGAAGCUCAUACUGUAUAAUCAU